AUGUCGUCCAACAAAUCAAUCCCAGACGCGUCAGUUUUGCAGGAGGCCUCACUGCUGGAAAUUUUUGACUUAAACGGCCAGAAAGUCAAGUUUGGAUCCAUAUUUGAAAAGGAAAGCGUGAUCGCCGUAUUUAUUCGUCACUUUUUCUGUGGUAACUGUCAGAUGUAUGUUGAGCAACUCGCAACUGUCAAGAAGGAAAAUCUUGCAAGUGCCUCAGCGAAAAUCAUCGUUAUCGGUUGUGGCAAAUGGGACGCUAUCAAAGCUUACGCUGAAACAACAGGGUUCAGCGGUGAAAUAUACGUGGAUCCUACACGCGAGCUGUACCACAAGCUAGGGAUGACCAUCGGGUCCGUCAAAGGUACUCCAGCCGGUGAAGAGAGGCGCAGCUACCUCCGUGGCGGGUUCUGGACUGCCGUAGGCCAAGGUCUGCUGAAAGGACCUCUGUCACAUCCAACUUUGCUCGGGAAGCAAGGCAAUAUCACCCAGCUUGGGGGUGAUUUUAUCCUCGGCCCAGGGCCAAAAUGUUCGUAUGCGUCUUGCAUGCAGAACACGGCAGACCAUACCGAGGUCGCGGAGCUGAUGAAGCUCGCCGGCGUUGAGAUGUGA